AUGGGCAAAUCCUCGUCGAAAACGAGCGCGAAGGUGCUUCCACUCAUCCCGCUCGCGCCGCCCCUCGCCGUCCUUCCCGCCACAACCCUCAAGAUUCCCAUCGCCAACCGCUCAGACAUCGCCGCCAUACUCGCAAAGAUCUAUAGCAUUAGCCCGACUGCGAAGCCCGAUGCCGCCAUCACGGUCGCCUGCGUGCCGCUCAACUCGCCGGAGGUUUCGCCGAGGGAUGGAAAGCUGUUGAUUGAGGACGGGAGUAGGAAGAGCAGGAAGGAGAGCUUGUACGAGACGGAUCCGGUAAAUGCGACGAAGAAGGAUGUCUUUGGAUAUGCAUGCAUCGCGAAGGUCAGUGGGGUGCAGGGGCGGAGGCAGGGGGAGUUGAGUCUUGUAGUGGAAGGGUUGGAGAGGGUUAGAGUGGUGGAUGUGGUGCAGGAUCGGCCGUACUUUGAGGGCGAGCUGGAGGCUGUUGAGGAGUUUGUGGAUCUCGACAACGCCGAACUCGAGUCACAGUUCAACCUGCUCAAGCAGCUGUCGCGCGAACUCCUCGCCCUCGUCCGCCUAUCCUCCAUAUUACCCCGCGCCCCAGCUGUAUCGCUAUCGCCUAUCGUCGCCCGAAGAUUAGAGCUCUUCAUCGCCCGGAAGGAUCUUGAGGAAGCAGGUGCGCUGGCCGACUUUAUGGCCAAUGUGGUGGACUGCACACACGAAGAGAAGCUGCGUGUAUUAGCAGCAGUCGACGUGAAGGAGCGAGUGGACAAGGUCAUCGAGAUUCUACAGCGGCAAAUCACAAGCAUACAGAGCAGCACGCGGUUCACAGUCAGCAGCACAGUGGUGCCUGUACCGACGGGCAGUUUCGACAUCGACCAGCUGCGGAGACUACAGCAGGAAGCGCUACAGAGACGGGGAUUGAAGGGCGCGGUAAUGCCUCCUGGCUUUGCUGGGGGGAUGCCAGGCGGUGGGGCGAACGUGGGAGAAGACGAGCCCAAUGAGCUAGAUGAGCUGAAGAAGAGGCUUCAAGAUGCACAGCUUUCGCCCGACGCGGACAAGGUAGCACAGCGAGAGCUCCAGCGGCUGUCAAAGAUGAACCCGGCACAGGCAGAAUACCAAGUGUGCAGGAAUUACCUCGAGAACCUCGCUGAGAUCCCAUGGACCAAGACCACGGCUGAUCAGCUGGAUGCGAAGACGCUGAUCAAGGCGAAGAAGCAACUCGACGACGACCACUACGGGCUGGAUAAGAUCAAGAAGCGGUUGUUGGAGUAUCUCGCUGUGCUAAAGCUGAAGGAGCACGCCAACAAAAGCCUCGACGAGCAGAUCCGCGCGCUUGCUGAUGCGGCACAUCCUAAGGAUGAGAAAGACGAGAAGGAGGAGGAGGAUGUAGAAGAGAAGCCCACACGAGAGCCCACAGAAGAAGAAACAAGGUUGCUCGAGAAGAAGCGCAUGGUAGACAAGUCGCCCAUUCUUCUGCUCGUCGGUCCCCCUGGUACCGGAAAGACGUCACUCGCAAAGUCCAUCGCCACGGCCCUGGGCCGCAAAUUCCACCGCAUCUCCCUCGGCGGUGUGCGCGACGAAGCCGAAAUACGCGGCCACCGUCGGACCUACGUCGCCGCGAUGCCCGGCCUCGUCGUCAACGGCCUCAAGAAAGUCGGCGUGUCGAACCCCGUCUUUCUCCUUGACGAAAUCGACAAGCUCGGCAUGUCAAACUACAACGGCGACCCGUCCGCCGCGAUGCUCGAGGUCCUCGACCCAGAGCAGAACCACACCUUCACAGACCACUACGUUAAUAUCCCCAUCGACCUCUCCAAAGUCCUCUUCAUCGCAACCGCGAACUCACUCGACACGAUUCCCCCGCCUUUGCUCGACCGCAUGGAAACCAUCCAGCUAAGCGGCUACACGACGCUCGAAAAACGCAACAUCGCAGAACGCCACCUCAUCCCCAAGCAAAUCACCACAAACGGCCUGCACAACGAAGAAGUCCACAUCCCCACCGACGUGCUCGACAAAAUCAUCACCUCCUACACGCGCGAAUCCGGCGUGCGCAAUCUCGAGCGCGAAAUCGGCUCCGUGUGCCGCUCCAAAGCAGUCGAAUACGCCACUGCAAAAGACACAGACACCCUCGCCGCGUACAACGCCAGCGUCACGCUCUCCGACCUCGACGCCAUCCUCGGCAUCGAGCGCUUCACAGAGGAACUCACAGAGCAGCACGCCCGCCCCGGCGUCGUAACAGGAUUGGUAGCCUACUCCACCGGCGGCCAAGGCUCCAUCCUCUUCAUCGAGAUCGCAGACAUGCCUGGCUCAGGCCGCGUGCAACUCACCGGUAAACUGGGCGACGUGCUAAAAGAGAGCGUAGAAGUCGCCCUCUCGUGGGUGAAAGCUCACGCCUUCGAGCUUGGCCUCGCGCACAGCGCAGACGAAGAUAUAAUGAAGAGUAGAAGCAUACACGUGCACUGUCCCUCAGGCGCUAUCCCCAAGGACGGGCCCUCCGCUGGGCUCGCGCACACCGUUGCGCUCAUCUCCUUGUUCUCGGGUAAGCCUGUCCCUCCGACGCUCGCGAUGACGGGCGAAGUCUCCCUCCGCGGACGCGUGUUGCCCGUUGGCGGUAUCAAAGAGAAACUCAUCGGUGCGCUGAGGGCGGGCGUGGAAAGAGUAAUUCUUCCUGAGGGGAAUAGGAAGGAUGCGCGGGAUUUACCGGAGGAGGUGCUGGGGGGAGUUAAGAUUGAGUUUGUGGGGCAUAUAUGGGAGGCGUUGGGGAUGGUGUGGCCUGAGAGGUGGGAGAGGAGUGUGGGCGGGUGGGAGAGUAGGCUGUAG